AUGAGGAUGAACGAAGUUUGUCAUUACGGAAGUCUAUCAACUGCGUUAAGACGUAUUCAUACAUCCAAUCGAGACAACAAAAUAAUUAAUAGGUCAACACCGAAGCAUCAAAACUUAGACAACAAAUACAACCAAAUCAAUUCAAAACAGUUUAUGAUGAAAGACGAAGUAGUGAAGAAGUACUAUGCUGAUAACGCAAUUCGGGUACUACUCGCACCACAAGACGUUUCUUUACACGAAACACUGAAACCCAUCGCAAAAAAUGUGGACGAAAAGAAGGAGAAAAAGUCGAAGAAGAAGAAAAGGAUGUCCGACGACGAGGAGCUUUUGGAGAAAAAAAAGCCGAUGAGGAAGGUGCGUGGGAAUCACGCAAAGCUCAUGUGCGAUGACAGAGACGCCAUAGUAUUUGACUUUGGAAUGAAGCGAAUUGACGCAAUUACGCUGGGGAGAGGAACGAGUAACCCCGAUCCAAGUUUUGUUAAUCUGAGUCAGUACACGUCAUCGCGUUCGAUAUCACACAAACACGCGACGAUUCGAUACGACAAGCAACUCUCCUUCUAUGUGUUUGUGAAUGAAGGGACAAAUGGAAGUAUUGUGAAUGGAGCGAAUUUAUUAGAGAAGGGAGCAUCUGCUAUACUCACGGAUAACUCAGUCAUGGAGUUGGGAGGAUUCAAACUGAGUUUCCAUUAUAAUAACAAUUGA